GGGCCCCGCGGUCCCUCUCGGCGGGGACGGGCAUGGAGCUGGCGGCAGGGUAUAAAAAGCAGCCGUCAGGGCCGGCUGCUGUCCUGCCAGAGCCGCUGGGAGGGGCUGGGGCGAGGCAGAGGCACCAUGAUCAACCCCAACUACUACCCGUGGGGCUACGACAGCGACAACGGACCAGACCAGUGGCACAAAAAUUACCCGAUUGCCAAAGGACGCCAUCAGUCACCUAUUGAAAUCAAUAACAAAGAAGUGCAUUAUGAUCGCUCCCUCCUGCCGUGGUUCGCUAGUUACGACCCCGGUGCAGCGAAGACCAUCCUCAAUAAUGGGAAAACCUGCAGAAUUGUGUUUGAUGACUCUUUCGAUAGAUCAGUGUUGAGAGGUGGGCCACUUCCAGGAGUCUACAGGCUGCGUCAACUUCACUUUCAUUGGGGUUCGUCUGAUGACCAUGGCUCUGAACAUGUUGUGAAUGGAGUGAGAUAUGCAGGAGAGCUACAUUUGUUACACUGGAAUCCAAAAUACAGUAAUUACCUUGAUGCUGUGAGAAGAACAGAUGGUAUAGCUGUUUUGGCCAUUUUUUUGCAAGUAGGGAAAACUCCUAAACCAGAGAUGAAGAGAAUUCUUGAAGAAAUAAAUGCCAUCAAAACAAAGGGGAAAGAAGCUCCUUUUCCAAACUUCGAUCCUUCAAUUCUUUUCCCUAAGUCUCAUGACUACUGGACAUACCAUGGUUCUUUCACUACUCCACCUUGUGAAGAGUGCAUCACUUGGAUUAUACUUAGAGAGCCUAUCAUAGUCAGCUCAGACCAGAUGGCGAAGCUCCGUAGCUUAUCCAAGAAUGCUGAGAACGAACCUGAUCUCCCCCUUGUUGAUAACUGGCGCCCAACUCAGCCUCGGUAUUUCAGGAUGGUGAGCGCAUCAUUCCUUUAGGACCUGGUUCAGGUUGGUUGUUCCCAAGCGAGGUGACCUCUAGAACUAGAAGAUGGUCUUGUUUUGGGUCAUUUGUUGCAUUUAGAUGGAACGCCAGCUGUAUGUUUGGAGACUGAAACCUUGAGUUGUAAAAAAGGAAUUUUACUUUCAGAGGGCAAAGUUUACAUAGGAAAAUCCUAUCAGUAAACUGGAAAUAGAGAAUCUGUUUGGCUCUUCAUUACUGCUUUAGAAUUAGCUUUUGUUAUUAGUAUGAAGGACGAAAGAAGAUGCUACUAACAACUAUAAAAGCAUUUCAUAUUGCCUACGUGUCCCUUGGUGCUUGUCUUGCUACAAAGUAAAGAUAUUGCAGUUGUUUUCAGCAUAAAACCAUAUUUUUCAAUAAUUGUUUUCAGAUUAAGCAUAUUCUGCUCUGAGCUGCACCAGUUUUGCACAUUAAUAAAUGAGAUUGCUUUUUUUGUAUUUGAUAUUCACGUAAAAUAUGAAAGGAUAGAAAAUUGUUUCAUUACCAUUGAUAGCAAAAUCAGCAAUUAACUUCUUAAAGCAAAGCACAGGUUUAACAGGACAGUUAGAGGUCUAUUCUGCAAAUAGUAUUCACUGAAUUAUACUUAGUUAAAACUAUGGAAUCAGAGAAGAGUUGUUUGUAUUUGUGUCACAACUGGUUGUCCAUAUUAAAAGACUAAUUUGCAUGUUAAUGUUGUAGCAAUCAGUGACAUGGAUUUUGAGGACUUUAUCUUAGUAUCCUGAAUAUAUGUUUUUCAUGUAUGCAAUUAGCUUUUCUGUGUUAAAAGGAUAUUAAGAUAGCAAGAGUUAUUUUUUUUAGUGUUUUUUUUUCUUUUUUUAGGCAAAUUCUCUGUUCAUGUGCAAAUAUAUUGAUUCUGCUAUCAAUGAGAUUUGUGCAUAAAUAUCUGAAACCACAGUUUGAGUCUUCUAAUCAAAAAGAAGUUGACGAGGGUGUUCUUGUCUUUUGUUUUGGAAUCAAGAACAAUGAAGCAGGAUUGUAAGUGUAUACUUGAAAUAAAAGUAUCUCUGCAUUGAGAAAUGCAACAUUAAUAAAUACAUUUACUUAAGAA